CAAAAACAAACCCUUUAUUUGAACUAUAUUUAUCUUUAUCUUCUUUUUGUCUCUUGACUCCCUUUUUUGAAGGAUUCGAAUUAAUUUCAGAGUACGAGCAGAGAUCAGGAAAACAACGAUGGGUUUGAAAGAUGAGGAGUCUUCAGAAGAGCCAAAGGGACAAGGGACGUUAAGCAGAAAGAACAGCCACAGCUCUUUGUGUCCGACAGAUGAUGAUGAAGAAGACGAAGACAAGAAGCUUGAACUCGGUCCCAUGAUCGCUCUUAAAGAACAGCUCGAGAAAGACAAGGAUGAUGAAAGCUUGAGGAGAUGGAAAGAACAACUUCUAGGCAGCGUGGAUAUGGAGGAGGUUGGAGAGACUCCGGAUCCGGUGGUAAAGAUAAUGAACUUAACAAUUAGGUCGCCGGAUAGAGAAGACAUGGUAUUGACGGUCCCGGAAAACGGAAAACCGACAUCGAAAGGACCAUGGUUUACUCUCAAAGAAGGUUCUAAGUACACUCUCGUAUUUACUUUCCGAGUGACCAACAACAUUGUGUCCGGCCUCCGGUACAGCAAUACGGUUUGGAAGACUGGUAUCAAGGUGUAUAGUAGAAAGGAGAUGUUAGGAACAUUUAGUCCACAGGCGGAACCAUAUAACCAUGUCAUGUUUGAAGAAUCAACGCCCUCUGGUAUGCUUGUUAGAGGCUCCUAUUCCGUUAAAUCUAAGUUCGUCGAUGACGAUAAUAAGUGCUACUUGGAGAACAACUACACCUUCGACAUUCGCAAGAAUUGGCUGUGAUCCAUCACAUAAGUUAAUGGAAGAAAGUUUCUCUUAUUCACUACUGUUCGUGUCAUUGUCAACUUUGUAUUUUCUCAAAAUUUUAAUUUGUUCUUAACUUAACGUUUGUUUAUAUGGUAAAUUUGUUCUUCGAGUAUUUUUUCCUCCAUAAGUUACUAUUUUCGGAUUAUGUUCUAUUUUGCAAGCUCAAUAUAUAC